AUGAAAGCUAUUAUAAGACCAUACCCUGACUCUCGCAGGGGUCGCCCACCGUUCUAUAGCUUUUCUUCUGGAAGCUCUCCACUCCUAUGUCCCCUUUUCUCUUCCUCAGUUGCUGCCACCACCCACUUCACCCUUGGGAGAAUCUUCUCCUCCCCAGCCCCCAACCCUGAUGGGAAUGAAACCAACUUCCUCUCUGCUGCUCAUGAAGGUGGGCCCACAUGGACUCUUUCUAUCCUAAGGAUGCGUCUGCACACUCAGAAAGGGGAGACCACGCUAACAAACGCAGGGAAGUUACUCAGUUCCAUCUUCAUGGGCUCAGGUCUGUAG